AUGUACAGUCAAAAUGAGGAUUUAGAUGAUAAAAAUAAUAAAAAUAACCUUACACGUAAUUAUAAUAAUAAAUAUAAAAUAUUUCGGGAUGAAGAAGCACCAGUGAUAUUUGAUAUCAAUGAAGAAAAAGAGAGAAUAAAGCUUGCUGAUUUAGAACUUGUUGAGAAAGAGACUGAUCCUUAUGACGGGAUCAAUUUGAAUCGUGGUAUUCAUGGAGUGUUUGACAUUGAAGAUCUUGUGGAUCUCUUAAGGAAAGAUAAGAAUAAUAGACAAAUUUUUGUAGCAUUGGUUCCACAUGAAUACAAUUAUGUCGACUAUAUGGUAUUAGUAACAGGAAAGUCCGCUAAACAUAUGAAUGCCCUGGCCAUGUAUGUGCGUAAAAUAUAUAAAGCCAAGAAACACAAAAAUGAUUUCAUUCCCAAAAUAGAGGGAAAGAAUAACAGUGAUUGGAUUGCUUUAGAUUUAGGUAACAUUGCACUUCACAUAUUUAAUUAUGAAACAAGACUGAAAUAUGAUUUAGAAACUCUUUGGUCAGUUGGUUCUAAUUACGAUACUCUAAGUAGGGAACGCAUCGAUGAUGAUUUCAGAAAAAUAUAAAGAUUUUUUGAAAACUCUUCAACCAGCGGAAUAAUAAACAAACAUUAUAUUGUAUAUAGAUUUUAAAAUUUUGUAAAAAAAUAUUUGA